UUGAUGUUAUUGUGUUAGAAUACGUAUUUGACUUGACUUUUUGUGUAAUAGAGGUGAGACUCAAAAUUAAUUUUGUUAGGGACAUUUCCUCCUAAACCAUUGCAAGUGCCUUUAGGCAAAGACAAAUUAUCCGUGUUUGUCAUAACCCUUGAUGAUAAUUAAUAGCAGGUUCAUUGACCAAGUCUUCCUUGGAAUAUUUGGAGAAGAAGAACUUCAUUUUGGAGUCAAAUUCUCCAGUGAACAUUAAAUAAGUCUCUCUGCAUUCUUUGUUAGCUUGUAUUGUAUUUUUUAUUUUAAUCAAGUAAAUCUCUGCGAAUCAAAUGGAGCAAGUUGGAUGGAAGUUUUCAUAUCGAUCUAUGUGACUAUGAGGAGGACAUGUAUAUCUUUUUUAAUAAUAUUCUUGGUAAAGUACGAUUAUAUGACUUUUGAGUUGGGGAGGACAGUAGUCGUUAUGUCUUGUCUGGUAAUAAGAUACUUAUAAGUCAUUCAAAACCUUAUUGUACUCUAUGAAAUAUGAAUAACUUAAACUAUUUCAGUAUUUAAAUCCUCUGUCUCGUCAUUUAUUUUCUUGAAAAAAAAAAAGAAAGAGGAGGAAUUGAAUUUAGUACAUGUAAUUAUGGUUCGAAAUUCAACAAUCAACCUUAUUAAUAUACAUACGACCGGUGACCACAGUAACCUAUACUCUGGGUUGAUUUGGUCAAGGCAGGCAAUGACUGACACAAGCCGAGAAUUGAACCACAUAAUGAUUGAACCAGGUGUAACCCAAGAAGCCUUCUACUUCACAGUCAACUGGAACAAAAUAUUACAAAAAAGUAUGCUUACUUUUCAAAAUUAAGACCCUACAAAAGCUUCCUCCUACAAAUAGUACCAUACUGCCAUAUUUUUCCUUCAAAAAUUUAAACUAAACUAUCAAAAGCUUCACAAACAUGUGGAAGGACCUUCCUUUCAAGCUCGCCUUUUCUUCUUCUUCUUCUUCUUCUUCAUUUCUCAUAUUCUCUAUAUGGGUUCUUCUAUUCACAACAAUGGGUUUGGCACAAAACAACGCCACAAUCCCAGUUAAGAUAGGAGUUGUUGUUGACUUGGAAACAGAGUUCGGAAUGAUGAGUUUAAGUUGCAUAAACAUGGCUCUCUCGGAUUUUUAUUCUUCUCAUAGUAACUACAAAACCAGGCUGGUCUUGACCUCCAGAGACUCCAAUGGAGAUGUUGUUGGUGCAGCUUCAGCAGGUUUAGACUUGAUAAAGAAUGGACAAGUUCAAGCAAUACUAGGCCCUGAAACAUCCAUGGAAGCAAACUUCUUGAUCAAACUUGGAGACAAAUCUCAGGUUCCCAUUGUCACUUUCUCUGCAUCAAGUGCUUCCCUCACAUCCUUCCACACCCAAUACUUUGUUCGAGCCACCCAAAAUGACUCCUCUCAAGUUUUAGCCAUCAGUGCACUAGUCCAAGCUUAUCAGUGGCAGGAGGCCGUGCUUGUGUAUGUCGAUGAUGAGUACGGCCAAGGGAUUAUACAGUUCCUUACCGACGCAUUACAAGCUGUCAACACUCGAGUCUCGUACCGGAGUGUCAUUAGCUCUAGAGCUAGUAGUGAUGAGAUUGAAGCAGAGCUUUACAUGCUAAUGACUAAGCAGACAAGAGUGUUCAUUGUCCACAUGUCGCCUUCUUUGGGUUCUAGAGUUUUCACCACAGCCAAACGGAUUGGAAUGAUGAGGGAAGGAUUUGUUUGGAUCAUGACAGAUUCAAUGACAAAUUUAUUAAGUUCACUGAACAAUUCUGUCGUGGAUUCUAUGCAAGGCUUACUGGGUGUUAGACCUUAUGUUCCAAUAACAAAGGAGCUUGAAGAGUUCCAAGCUAGAUGGAAGAGGAAAUUCCAACAGGACAAUCCUACAGUUGUUGGUGUUGAAUUGAAUGUUUUUGGGUUACGCGCAUAUGACGCUGUAGUGGCACUAGCCAUGGCAGCUGAAAAUGCAGUGAAUUCCACCAACUCUUUGAUUUUUCAGAACCCUAAAAAUGGUUCUGCAAACUCAACAACCGAUCUUGAUUCAAUUGGGAUUUCCCAAAAUGGUCCAUCAUUUCUGCAAGCAUUGUUGAAAACAACUUUCAAAGGUCUAUCUGGAGAGUUCAGGCUCAUCGAUAGGCAAUUACAGUCCUCAACGUUUCAGAUAGUCAAUAUAAAUGGAAAUGGAGCAAGAGGAGUUGGGUAUUGGACACCAGACAAUGGACUUGAGAGAAACCUGAAUGAUUCAUCAGGAAAUUCAACUAUACAUUCAACAUCCAAUUCUACUAUUCUUGGAACAAUUAUAUGGCCAGGAGAUUUGAGAUCAACUCCGAAAGGAUGGGAGAUUCCCACAAAUGAGCCGAAGAUGCGGAUAGCAGUUCCUGUGAAGCAGGGUUUCACUCAAUUUGUGAAAGUGACGACAGACUCAAGUAAUACCAUAACAAUCACAGGCUACUGCAUUGAUGUCUUCGAUGCUGUAAUUAAAUCUUUGCCAUAUGCUGUUCCAUAUGAACUCAUUCCCUACUCCGGGCCUAAUGGUGAGCAACCCAAUUAUGAUGAAAUGAUCUAUCAAGUAUUUCUUGGGAGAUUUGAUGGUGUGGUGGGAGAUACAACCAUCAGAGCAAACAGGUCCAAUUAUGUAGACUUUACAUUGCCCUACACAGAAUCUGGUGUGUCUAUGAUUGUCCCAUUCAAAGAAAACAAGAGCAACAAUGCAUGGGUUUUCUUGAAGCCCUUGACAUGGGACCUUUGGGCCACAAGCGGUUGUUUCUUUGUGUUCAUUGGAUUUGUGGUUUGGGUUCUUGAACACCGGAUCAACGAAGACUUUCGUGGCCCCCCUGCCUAUCAAGCUGGCACAAGCUUCUGGUUCUCUUUCUCAACCAUGGUUUUUGCACAUCGGGAGAGAGUAGUGAGCAACUUGGCUAGAUUUGUAGUAAUAAUAUGGUGCUUCGUUGUUCUGAUUCUUACACAAAGCUAUACUGCCAGCUUGACCAGUUUACUCACAGUGCAGCAGCUGCAGCCCACCGUGAAUGAUGUGCAUGAGCUCAUUAAGAAUCAAGAGAAUAUCGGUUAUCAAAUGGGUACUUUUGUGUAUGAACUGUUGAUCGGAUUAGGUUUUGACAAAUCGAAACUCGUAGUCUAUCAAUCAGCGGAAGAAUGUCAUGAUUUGUUUGAAAAAGGAACUGCAAAGGGUGGCAUAGCUGCUGCUUUCGAUGAAGUUCCAUAUCUGAGGAUCUUUCUUGCCAAAUACUGCUCCAAGUAUACCAUGGUUGACCCAACUUUUAAAACUGCUGGUUUUGGCUUUGUCUUCCCAAGAAACUCCCCUCUGGUACCUGAUGUGUCACGAGCAAUCUUAGAAGUGACCGAGGGAGAUAAAAUGAAGGAUAUUGAGAAGACAUGGUUUGGAAAUGAAAGCACUUGCCCAAAUUCUAGCACUUCAGUCUCUUCCAGUAGCCUUGGCCUUGAUAGCUUUUGGGGUUUAUUCCUAAUUGCAGGAGUUGCUUCAACAUUAGCACUGCUCAUAUUUGCGGCCAUGUUUGUCUAUGAGCAAAGGAAUCUGUUGAAGACCUCUGAUUCAGAAUCUUCAAAAUGGAGAAAAAUUUGGGAUUUGGCAAGAAUAUUCAACCAGAAGGACCUCACUUCACAUACUUUCAAGAAAAGUAAACUCUAUGAAGAAAGUGGAAUUCAUGGUGAUGAUCAGAGUCCUGUUGGAACCUCUCCAAGCACCCACUGCUAUCCUAGUCCAUCAAGCUAUGAUCAUAGUUUCACUUUCUUUGGAGAGCAAGGAACACCUUCUCCUGAGCAUGGAGAUCCAAAUAAUCCAAAUGUUCAAGUAACUGAAGAGAUUGAUGUCAUCAUUGAACUUGCCAAUCACACCCGAGAACAGCAAAGAAUUCCUGAAGAUAAUCCAUGAAAAACCAAUAGAUGUAGAUCCUCUCACUACUUCCAGUAGAUUACUCUCUCACAUAGAUCCAUGCCUAGACAAAGAAACAAUCCCAAAAGAUUUUCUUCUCUCAUGCAUGAAAACUGCAUCAGCAUGGAAAAUCAUUCAGUCUUGUAACACACAUCUCUCAAGUCUAUAAACUCUGUUGAAUAACAUUUUCAUGCAAGAUGUAAUCGUCAAUGUUACAGGCCUUUCUCCUAAACAGGAAGC